CGGCGCAGGGUUGGAAAGAGAACCGACCGUCAUGGACCGGGUUGCCGUGGUUAAGGUUGGGGCCGCGGCUAGCGCCAGCGUCUGCGCUUUGUUCGGUGGAGUGGUUCUGGCGCAGUACAUCGUCGCCAAGAAGAAGCGAGCUGGCAAGAAAACCCGUAUCAUUGAAAUGAUGCCUCAGUUUGAGAAGAAGACGGUCCACAUGAGGGACCCAGAGAGGGUGGAGCAGAUCAUCUGCGGCCUCAUCAAAGGAGGAGCUUCCAAACUACAGAUCAUCACCGACUUUGACAUGACGUUAAGCAAGUUCGCCGUCAAUGGCAAACGCUGUCCAACGUGUCACAAUAUCAUCGAUAACUGCAAGCUGGUAACAGAAGAGUGCAGGCAGAAGCUGCUGCAGUUGAAGAAUAAAUACUAUCCCAUUGAGAUCGACCCGCACCUUACCAUGGAGGAGAAAUACCCAUUCAUAGUGGAGUGGUAUUUCAAGUCGCACACAUUACUUGUGGAGCAACGGCUAGAGAAAGACAAACUGCCCGAGGUGGUGAGGGACUCUGACGCUGCACUCAGAGACGGCUUUGAGCAGUUUUUUGACAGCCUGCAUGAGCGCAACGUGCCCGUCUUCAUCUUCUCCGCUGGCCUGGGAGACGUCCUUGAAGAACUCAUCCGCCAGGCAGGGGUCUACCAUCCCAACAUCAAGGUCGUCUCCAACUUCAUGGACUUCGAUGAUCAUGGCGUCGUGAAGGGUUUCAAAGGCGAGCUGAUCCACGUGUUCAACAAACACGACGGCGCCCUGCGGAACACCGAGUACUUCAAACAGCUGAAGGAGUGCUGCAACAUCAUCCUAAUGGGCGACUCCCUGGGCGACCUGAGCAUGGCCGACGGCGUACAGAACACCGAGCACGUCCUCAAGAUCGGCUUCCUCAACGACAAGGUGGAAGAGCGCUUGGACAAAUACCUCGAAUCCUACGACAUCGUCCUGGUGAAGGACGAGACGCUGGAAGUGCCCAACGCCAUCCUCCAGAAGGUUCUAUAACUCCAUGUGGCCUGCCGGGCUUUUAACACCUCCAUAAACCGUCGUCACUGGUGCUGACUGGUCUCUACUUAAACCCCCCUCCACUCAUGUGGGACCCCACCCACCUGAGUCGUCCUCUGACUCUGUACACCACCCCCCCCACCACCACCGCGUCCUCUUUAUAAAGGCACUGGGCCUGAAUAAACACCUCCUGAACAAACUCUUUUAAACAUCCGUGCAGCAGCAGCAACAGCAUGUGUCCUGGAUUGUGUCUGUUUCACUCGUUUACCAUCCUCCGCAGUCACAACAAACUCUCACUCCAACGUCAUAAUUUGCACAUUAGUGUCUUUAUUAUAUUUUAUAUUAUUUUUCCAUAUUGCAAUAUUUUUUUUAUAUAUACCAUGAAUCAGGUGCCCUCAGAUCGACAUAGUCAUUUCCCAGCAUGCCUGUCACCUCUUUCUCCACGCCGCUUCGUCCUUGACAACUGUGGAUGUCGUUUGCAUGCAAAAAAAAGAAAAGAAAAAGGACCUUGGAAAACGUUAUUCCUUACGGGAAAGUGGUGAGAGCAGCGUUAUUAAGAAAUGACCUUAAAUGCAGUAUUCACAUCACGGGAGUCUAUAAUGUGAACAGGAUCGUGCACAGAGAAGUGACAUGUGUAUAUAUAUGUACAUGGUUAUUUUUUUAAAUCUAGUGAGAGCACAUUUUAGGUCAAUAUCAACACACUUGUUCUUGUUUACUUUCUCUGCAUCGCUGAUGGAAGUCUUCUUACGACGGAGUAUUAGGGCCAAACAACAAGAACAAAGUCGUAAAGCUAAGACUUCAUUCUUGUAAUAUUACGACUUUAUUCUAAUAAUGUUACAAAUUUAUUAUAACAUUAUGACUCUCGUAAGUCUUGUAAUGUUACAACUUUCUUUUCAUAAUAUUACGACUUAUUAAUAUUAUGACUUUAUUCUCGUAAUGUUACGACUUUUUAAUAUUACGACUUUAUUCUCACAAUGUUACAACUUUAUUCUCGUAACACUAUGAGAAUAAAGUUGUAAUAUAUUACGUAAUAUUACGAGAAUAAAAUAAAUUAAUAUUACGACUUUAUUCUCGUAAUAUUACUUUAUUCUCGUAGUAUAACAACAUUUUAAUCUUAUGGGUUUAUUCUCAUAAUAUUAUGACCUUUGUAAUAUUACGAGUUUAUUCUCGAAAGAUUAAAUCUUUUUUUCUCUUCACUUUGGCCCUAACACACUGUCGUAUCUUCUCGAUACCAUAUUUAAUUAAAACAAAAUGUUAAAGUAGACCUCUACAGGUGAUUACCUGGAGCUGCACAAGUUAGAUAAAGAAAGAGGUUAAUUCCUGUAGUUUCCAUUAAGUGCUGCAAAGUAACAGUAUACCUUAAGUAUUGUGUCGCAGGUGUGAGGAAACACAGUGUGACCUAUUUAUUUACAGCCAGCAACACCCAGGCCUAUUUAAUGUAUUUGUUCUGUAUUUACAUUUUUUUGGAGGGGAGUUUUUACACUGAAAUGCAACCGUUUAUCUCAACAUGUCGCGUAAAUGUUCUCUUUGACUCUUGUCUGUUUUUAAAUGUGCUGCUAUCACCUGCAUGUGUUGCCUUUUCUUAUUGUUAGCUUUAAGUCAAAGAGAUAACAGACUAAAAUCUAUAAAUUAUAUAUAUACACAUAUGUAUGUACAUAUAUAUAUAUAUAUACAUAUACAUAUAUGUGUGUGUGUAUGUGUAUAUAUAUAUAUAUAUAUAUCUAUCAAUAAAAUAAUAUACUGUAUAUGUAUGUGGGCAUUGUAUGGGAAAUGUCUGGAUUAGAAUUUCCAAACGUAUAGAGUGGUGCGUUGUAUUUUUAUAAGCUCAUGGCUUUAUCUCUUCUUUGAUGGUGUGAACUGAAAAUGCAAUAAAAAAUGUAAUUUUA